AUGGCGAUCUGUACUUAUAACGCACGUACGCUUGCAUCGGAAGCGGCCAUCGAAGAUCUGAUGAUGCAAGCCAAGAAGAUCAAGUACGACGUCAUCGGUCUGACCGAGACGAGACGACGUCACCCUCUCAACGCCGUAUAUGAGACUGGAGAAGAACUGUUCUUAGGAACAUGCGACAGUAGAGGUGUUGGUGGAGUUGGCGUCCUCGUCAACACGAGAACGGCAAAGAACAUCGACUCUUUCGAACAACUUACGAUCCGAAUCGGACGUCUGCGGAUGAGAAGAUGUGGUCCAACACCAGCUUUGACUAUCUUCGUCACUUACGCUCCAACAUCAAGCUACGGAGAAGAAGAAGAAAUCGAAGCUUUCUAUAUGGACCUAGAGAAGUUCUAG